GACUGAUCUUAGUAUAUGACCUACUAAAUUUACUGAGGCCAGUCAUUCGAAAAAUUUUAUCGGUAAUGCAGAUUAAUUUAAAACGCUUCUGAAUAUGUCUAUAUUUCUCCCAAUGUACUGUAUAUGUAGUAAAUCUUGAGAAAUUACAUUGCUACAUUGGAUGACGCUCUGUCUAUAGUUGUUUACGUAAUAUUCGAUGGUGGCGAUCUGUCUUUUGACUUGAGCUGGACUUGAGUCAUUUGGUUAGAGUAUUUGAGCUUACUGUCGGUGCAGACUGCAACUUUUCGAACCUUGUUUCGUGAAUCUUUGUGUGAAAUAAGAGAAGUUACAAUCAGCCUUCUGUCAUUUACCAAAAUUGAGGAAUAUUGGUCACUGUCAAUUGAACUGAUACGUAGUUAAAUGCUCAACAGCAACAGCUGAUGCUGACUGUGCUUCAGUGUGGGUGUAUAAAAUAAUAUGCGCAGAUGAAUAUCACAACGAAAGGUUUUAAUGCGGAAAUGAACAUGAGUUUGCCCGAAAUGAAAUGACAUUUGUUUUUCUUGACGUUUGUCAAUUAUGGGACUAGUAUCGUCCGAUAAUUUUAUGAGUGAAACACAUGCAACAGAGCGAAUAGAAAAUUGUAUUGUUUCUUAACAUCAUUUGAAGAACUGUGAAAGAAAUUAUUAACCUUCAAGAUGAAUGGUGUUAAAGAAAAUGGAGAAGAAGUGUAUAGUCACCAUGGAGUAUUGUGGAAAAGUUACGGUGGUCAUAAAGAUGAUGAUCAUUCUGGAACCUUGAGUAUUAUUGACUAUAAAUGUGAGAUGUGCAUUGAAUGGAAGCCAUCAGAAGUGUCAGUUGAUUCAGACACAAACGAUCAAGAAUGGACUAUGGUUAACACUGGCCAACAGAGAAGAAACUCUCAAGGAUGUAAUGAAGUUUCAUCUCGAUCAAAACUUUUUGUUUUGAGACUAGCUGAUCUACACAGUUUUAAAGUAAUCAAGCAUGGGCAUCAACUGCUUCUCCAGAGUGAGUCAGGUCUACAAAGUGUGUUCAUUUUUCAAAAUGGCAAUGCUGACAGUUUUGUUGCUGCACUACGUGGGAUUUUGAAAUCUGCUUUCAAGAAAGAUCGUCAUUCUUAUAGAGUUGUACGUUCUCCUGAAGCCAAAGUCAUUGACCAAUCAUUUGCUGAGUUGGAACUUUUCACUGAACACAAGUCAGAUUAUGUGUGGAAGUUUGUAAAAGACUUUCAAUAUCGUCCAUAUGAAACAACAAUGACUGCCUUUAGCAAGUUAACUGAUGCUUGGUAUACUUCAAAAGUUGGGAUAUUGACCAUAUAUGGGCGUUCAAGUGAAGAGAAAAAAGUAGAAGAUGAAGUAGCAGAGUUGUUAACUCAAAGUUGGACUCCCGAUGAUCAAAUAACGCAUAUUGGAUCUGAAGAAUAUGAAGUUAUUGGAGGCAUACCGCUACCUCAGUCGGUACCAGUGACACGUAGCACACCCCUCACUGUAGAACAGUGGGCACAAUUGCAAGAUGAUGAAGGAAGGGUAACAGACGUGGAUAUGCUCAAGAUGAUAAUUUUCAAAGGUGGAAUUGUACCUUCGCUACGUUACGAAGUUUGGAAAUUCUUGCUAGGAUAUUUUCCAUGGGAUUCAACAAAUACAGAUCGUCAAAACAUACGUAAACAGAAGACUGAUGAAUAUUUUCGAAUGAAGCUUCAGUGGAAGACGAUGUCACCUGGACAAGAGGAACGAUUUUCUGAUUACCGAGAACGAAAAAGUCUUAUUGAGAAAGAUGCGAAACGAACAGAUCGCACUAUAGAAUUCUUUGCUGGCGAAAACAAUUCAAAUCUUCAAGUUUUGUCAGAUAUCCUUAUGACAUACGUUAUGUACAACUUUGAUCUGGGUUAUGUCCAAGGAAUGAGUGAUCUAUUGUCUCCAAUUUUGUGCUUGAUGACAAAUGAAGCUGAUGCAUUCUGGUGCUUCGUGGGAUUUAUGAAUCGAGUGUCCGGGAUCAAGUGUCAAUUAAAUGAAUUGCAAACUCUUUUGAGUGUUGUGAAUCCUGAAUUGACUUCUUAUAUUAGACAUCAUGAUUCGGGCAACAUGUUUUUUUGUUUUCGUUGGCUUCUUGUUUUAUUCAAGAGAGAAUUCUCACAAGCUGAUGUUAUGAAGCUUUGGGAGGUUUUGUGGACAGAUUUACCGUGUACGAAUUUUCACUUGCUUAUCUGUGCUGCAAUAUUAGAAGCAGAGAAGAAAGUUAUAAUGGAAGGCAACUAUGGUUUCACAGAAAUUCUUAAGCAUGUGAAUGAUUUAUCUAUGAAGAUUGACCUAGAAGCUACGCUCUGCAAUGCUGAAUCUAUCUUUCUUAAACUAAAAUUGGCAGCUCAACUACCAGAUAAUGUGAGAAAGAUCAUCGGUCUGGCACCACAUGCAGGGUACCAGGCUGAAAACUUGAAAAGUGGAGAUUCACAGGUAAACAAGACUGAUUCUUCUCUCCAUGACACAGAAGAUUCGGAAAUAGUAGAUUCCUUGAAUGCUGUGACAUUAGUAGCAAGUAAUGAAGAAGCAGCUUACAAUUGUUCCCUUAGUCUGAACUAUUUGUAGUUAAAGAAAGGAGUGCGUAGAGUUCCUCUGAGAAGCAGUUUUCAUAAGCAAUUUUGCUUCAUUUCAAAGACUGUUGUAACUACUGUUCUAAAACUUUGCAACCAAUGUAUGAAAUAUUCUAUAACAUUUUAAGUGAUGUCAUUAAAUGGCAAUGAGCUGCACAAAUGCAUAUUGAAGGAGUUUGUGUAGUUCAAAAAAUUGGCACAUCUAUUUUUGUUAAGAAGCCCCUUUAUACUUCUUACUGCACAAUGUCAUAUAGUAUUUUUGUAUGAAGGUAAAGGAAAAGUAAUUGUAAUAAAUGCAGAAAGUGAUUACAUUUUUGUAGAAUGCCUUUGAAAUGUGGAAAAUGUCAACGUGACUAAAUUGUUCAUGACCGUUCAUUUUCCUGUCUACUCUCUGCUGAAUAUGUAGAAAUUGAGAGUAUGUAUAUAUUUGUUAAUAAAACACUUUGUGUUUAAGAGAGCAUUGCAGUGAACAUCUGUCCAAAACUUUUUCAAUUUAAAAUAAUUUUUAUUGUAAAUUAUUAUACUCAUGUUCAAGAAUACAUAUAUAACGGGCUCUUCAGAAUGGUAUCUUUAAACUAUAUUACAAAUUCAUUGAUGUGACAAGUAUGAUGAGAUUUGGCGUACAUAUUUUCAAUCUGUUACACUAUGUAUAUUAUAAUGUAAAUAUUUUUCAUAACACUAUUUCAAUUUUUUUUACAUUUGUUUGAAUUCUCUCUAUUUUACAACAUUACUUUUGUUGAUUAGGUGGUUUGCAAUAACUUGUGAAUUAUAUUAUAAGUUUAGAAAGAAAAAUAAACAAUUUAUUCAAGACACUGUUGAAGAUAUAAAACAGGAAAUACAUUUCUUUCAGACAUGUACAUUCAGACAGAUUUGAUUAAUGUAAAAUUUUGUGAUCUGUGAUUGUGCUCUAGUUGUUUGCUGUCAGUUCUGGCAUUCAUUUUCUGCUAGUCAAUUUCGUGUCUUAAGCUCAAUACUCCUUCAUUCUUUACAGCAUGCAAAAAUGAUAAGAGAUGCAACUUAAUUGAUAAAAUUACUAGUAUUAUAGUUUUGCUAUUGUUUAUUGAUAAGUAAAGGUGCUCUUGAAACAAUGUCAAUCUUGUCAAAUCAAUAAUGCCCUUGGUACAUGUAUUCUUUAGAUGAAAGAUAAUUGAAAAUAUGAAGGGGACUACAAUUUUUUUGAAUUAUCAAAUUUCAGGAAAUAAGGCUUGCCUGAUUUUAUUACAAUUAUCAUGUUUGUUUGUAGCCUUUAUAAAUUAUUCAACUAUAUCUCAAUAAAUAAUUGUUUAAUAUAGCCUUCAUUAACUGCAGGAGUUCCUGUGACACAUUGUAAGUGUGAGAGAUCUCUGAUUGAUAUUUCAGUAGUUAGCAAUAGUCUUCAGGGAAAUGAAUAUUAGAGAAAAAAAGAAAGAUAUGUUAAAUAUCUUUUGUUAUACAAAAGUUUUUAGUAGUUUUAUAUUGCUCAAAUAAACGCCAUGCUUCUGUUACUACUACAGGUAAAACAAACCGUAUUUCAUAUUGUCACUAGAUAUAAACUAGCAGACUUCAUUCUUUUGCCUUGCAAAGCGAAUUUAUAUUCUGGAUGCCCUCAAAAGGGUAAUUUCUUUUUGGUAAGUAAACUAGAAAAAAAGAGACCUUUGAGUCAAGAGAAGUUCCUUCAGACACAGGCUGAUGAAUUAUUUCAUGAUUUGAUGAAGAAUUCAUUACGUUUUCUUAUAUCAUUUGAAGAGCUUAUUUCCACAGUGACAUAUCUCCAUUUUGUUGUUUGCUAGUUUUAUGUAUCAAUAUUUUUAAGACUCACCUGCAUUAUGCUGUCAAAUGUGUUAAAAAAUUGUUUUGCAUACAUUAAACAAUAUUUGAAAACAUUUUAAUCCUAUCUGGAACUAUAAGGCUGAAUGCAAAUAUUUUCCCUUGUUUCAGGGAGAUAUAUCACUUUGGAAAUGUAGGUAUUUAAUGAAAAUAAAUUACCACAGUUUAUUUUCAGUUUAUUGGGACAUCAAUUAAUAGAUGGACUUUAGAUGUGUGUUGUAGACUGUAAUUUUAUUGCUAUAAACUUUUGUACAAAUUGAUUUAACAUGAAUAAGCUAUAUUGCAUUUGAUAAUUAAGCAUGUGCAUGUGUAAAAAUAAUAAAUAAAUAAAUAUUGUAGAAUGUGUGUAUACAAAUGAAGUGACAAAAUGUGGCUGUUUUGGAAGUUGUAUAUUUUAUUCAUUUAAUAUGUAAAGGUUUGAAAUUUGUACUUAAUGUAAAUGCAAAAUGGUUGUUAUAUAAGUUAAAUGUAUAUUAAAAUAUCAGUUUUGGUAAGUUUGAGAAAUAUGCUAGUAUGAGUGGUUAAAAAAAACUAAGUAACUCGAAAAUGAAGGAAUGAAUGACAUAGUUUCACAAGAUGCAUGAUAUCUGAAAUUCAAUAAAUCCUCUUGUAGCAUCUCUGAUACUGCAGAGUUCUCUAAUGUGGUUUUAUAAUUGUAAAAUGUACAUUUUUUAUAUAAUCUAAUUUUUAAAAUUUUUUUUCCCUGUGAAUUCUGUGUAACAUGAAAAAAAUACUAAUAAUGUAUUUUCUUUUUGCAUUUGUGUAUGGACAAAACUUAUUCUGGUAGAACAGAUCUGUUUGUAUAUUGAAAUAUUGUACUACUUUAUUUAAUCAAUGCCAUUUAUAUAACAUCAUUAAAUUUUAUUGCACACUCUGUA